AGAGGAAGAAGGAAAGCCAAUCAGUUCCCUUUCCAAGAAGACCGUGGAACUUCUUCAGCCAAUCAGCGCUGGCGGAGGUCGCGCUCCCCGGCAGGGUCCGACGAGCAGCGUGUCGGCGGGCCAAUGUGACGGAGCCUCUUUACACGUGUUGCAGCGGAAUACUGGAGUGGGGAGGAUCAGGCAGUCAGAAAUGCUUUUGCGGGGGGAGGGUAGAUGGGAAACCGUGGCUAGCAUUAAUGCUGAUGAUAGUCAGCCCAAUAAUAAAAUUCAUAAUUAAAUUAAUAAGUGCAUUAAGCACGUGUGAAUAUCUGCACAGGGGGAAACGGAACGAGGAAAGUUCCGUUGCACUUCGUGUGAAAUAACUAAAGAACGUGUUGCUGAGCAUCUGCAGAGUGCAGGAUGAAUAAUGACAUCUUUCAGCAGCACGUUGGAGGGCUGGCGGCUCAGUUACCACUCUAAAAAUAAUCAGGAUGCCAUGACUACUAUGUCUGUUUUCACACAUUAGACAGGGAUGUUCUCUCGGAAUGCUCAUGUUUUUGAAAAGUGUGUGUGUCUGCCUGGCAACUCGAUGAUCAACCAACUGAGGAGCAUUUUCCCACAAACAACAGCAAAAGAAGAAAUAAGACGCUAGUGCAACUUUGAAAAGGCUCAUGUUAGGACCCUUCAGUUUGAGGACCUACCCUUCUCUCACUCCCAGACGUGUGACCAGGAUGCCUCCAGCCUGAUGGAGCCUGAUUGUAAACGCCGAAAGACGGACGAGCCCAGAGGUGUCCAGUCCUGGGAGGUGCUGCCUGUUCUUUCAGAGAGGGAAUCCCAGGAGAUCACCUUAAUGCCAGUCUACGCUGCCCCCAUCCUGGACAAGAAGGAAGCGUGCCGCCUGGUGAAGGAGGUUUCUGCUGUCUAUCCUCUGGGCGACCACCCGCACUUGAAGCGGGUCCGUGCUUGUGCCGCCCUGGGCAGCUCACACCCACUGGAGAUGCUCCUGUGUUUGGCGAGCCCCACAGAUGAGCAGGAUGAGGUGCCGUCCCUCGCUGACCUCUUCCCCGAAGGCCGUGUCGUCCUGUGUGGCUUGGGGGAGCCUUUCUUGACUCGGGUACCGGCCCGUCCGCCCUUGACCCGCCCCCAGUACGAAGAAGCCGCUCGACAUUGGCCCGUCUCCUUCCAUGAGAACAAACACAUCAGCCAGGCGAUCAGUGGCUCUCUCUUCACCCCCCUGCAGAAGGCUGCCAUGCAGAGCCACAUGGAGCUGGCUCUCCAGGCUGCAAAACGGGGAGCACGGAAGGGCAUGAGGCCGGUCGGGGGUGUGGUGGUUGACCCAGCCAGCGGGAUGGUUCUGGCCGUAGGGCAUGACUGCAGAAACGGGCCCAACCCACUGCUCCACGCUGCCAUGGUCUGCAUUGACCUGGUGGCCCAUGGCCAAGGUGGUGGGGCAUACAGCUAUAAAGACUAUCCUGCUUGCUCGUUUCUUCAGCCAGACGGCAGCCCGGGCAGCUCUUCUGUCUCCAGUGACGGACUCCCUUAUAUCUGCACCGGCUAUGAUAUGUACUUGACCCGGGAGCCGUGUGUCAUGUGCGCCAUGGCGCUGGUGCACUCGCGCAUCGAGCGGGUUUUCUAUGGGGUGCCUUCUCCUCAUGGGGCCCUGGGAACCAAGUACCACAUCCACAGGCGCAGAGACCUCAACCACCGCUACGAGGUGUUCCGGGGCGUCCUGGAAGAGCAGUGCCGCAGCUUGGUGCAGUUUGCGACUCUCAAGGAAUCAGUGAGAGAGACUUCUUGAGCGGGAGAGGUCGUUUACUCUUAAGCAUUUCUUCUUUUUCUAAAUACAUUAUUUUAAGGACCAUCCUGUGUCUGUGGUAAUUGAGUGUUUAGAGGCUCAGAGAUCCAUUGGAGACCUCUCACAGCUGUGGUUCAUGGUAGGAAUUUUUUUUUUGUUUAGCCGCAAAGUCAUGCCUGACCCAUCAUGA